AUGGCGGCGGCCCCUUCCGCCCAAGCCCGCGUCACGCUUCAAGACGCGUUCGAGCGGUUUGCAUCCACCGUCGCCCCAGACGACAAGCAACUAUUCCACAACACGCAGCUCAAGGAUGUCCGAGAUGAGGCGAUACGGAUUGAGCGCCAGCUUCGCGCUCGCCGAACGCAAAGACAGAUCACGGCCGAUUCCAUCAGUGCGUUCGAGAAGUUGAUAGAAGCCUACGGCAAGAUUGGAGACAUUGUCUCUCGCCUGGAUCGUCUUGGCGAUGCACUUGUCAACGAUCACAACUUUCAAAAUGUGCUAGCUCUAGUAUACUCUGACAUUGUAGAGUUUCAUCGUCGAGCUUACAAGUUUGUGAAAAGGAAAUCAUGGUCCAUAUUCUUCAGUUCUAUGUGGGCUGGCUUUGAAUCUCGAUUUAAUGGGAUACUGAAGAACCUGGCGUAUCACACCGAGCUAGCCGACAAGGAAGCUGCUGCAGCGGAUAUCGCUGAAUCCAUUCGACGUAGCAAAGCCGAUGACGAGAGUUGGGAGCAACAAGAGCGCGAGUGGACUGCUGUCAUCCAAAAACAUCAGGAUCUCGCCAUCUACGUCCACGACGUCUACUUUAAGUCGAAUCCUGAACCUACGAAGAAAGCGCUGUUGACACUUCUCCCUGAACUUCUCCGAGGUUUGGGAUCCGUGCGGCUUAUCGUAGACGGUAUUGACGAAUGGACUUCACGGGAUCAGAAGGAGCUUCUCAAUGAUCUUUCGCAGAUGAUUUCGACCGACCAGUCUUCCCAUGUCUGCAAGAUCAUGGUCGCGAGCCGAGAUACCAUGGCCACCUCGCGGCGCAAGAAGGACAAAUUGUCAACGAUGAUCUCUCUCAGCAAUGUCGAUGAAGGUCUUGCAGUCACUCGUGCGAUUGCCAGUUUUGUCAAUGAUAAGCUUUCUGAUCUUCCUGAGCAUUUCGAAGAGCUCGACCCAGAUUCCUCGAUCAUGGCCCAUGUGAAGAAAACUCUUCUUGAGAAGUCUCAGGGUAUGUUUUUCCCUGAGGAACUGCGUACUAUCGUCGACAAUCUUCCCUCUGAUCUGGAAGCCCUUUACGCACAGAUCGUAACUCGUCUCUGCAGCGCCCCAGGUGCCCAAAGCUACGGAGGCGUGCCGCGCAUCAUGAGCUGGAUAUGCUUCUCACGAAGGCCUUUGCAUAAAUCAGAGCUACUGCAGGCGCUGUCUAUGUUUCCAGACGACAUGAGCUCUCAGAUGCGAAGCAUCCCUGUCGCUUCUAUUCUUGACCACUGCAAACCGCUUAUCGAAGAAUUACCUGAUUCAACGAUAGUACCAGUCCACUUCUCGGUGAAGGAAUAUUUCCUGAAGGCUCAAAUACCACAAAUCGUUCCAGCAAUUGAUGUUGCACUAGACAUAUCGUGCGCAUGCGCCAUUGUCAUCAUUCGCGGCCUGGAACUCGUACGCUUGGGAAGCAACUCCACAGAUUAUCUUGCUAUCAUCGCGAGUGGCAACUACAGGCUCUUACCAUAUGCGAUAGAGUUUUGGAUCGAACACUGCCUGCAAUAUGCUUCUGGAAGAGAUCUCCACCCAGGCCAAGCCCUCCAACGUCAACUGGACCGGCUGCACGGAACACACGAAACCUAUCUGCAUGCACUCGGACUUGCUACAAUCCAGGAUGUGUUGCCCGACUUGGUAAACACCUCCCACGCAGAAGAACGGCUCAAGCUCUUUUUGAACACACCGAUCUACGGCUUAAUGGCAGAUGUGAUGGGUCUCAGACAUAUGGCCAGCGAGCUUGAAGGCGGAAAUAGUUCAGAUCAAGUCCAGUUCCCUCCUAAUGUGUUGAACAUGCAGAUAAUGCAGAUUUUGACGCCCGAUGUCAGGUCCUGGAGUGACCUCAAGGCUUGGGUGCAGCACAACCCCAGCCUUGCUCCCGGAGUGGAUCUGGAAAAGCUUAAAUUACUACAAGUCCUGCAUUAUCAGGACUUGGUGUCGGGACAGCCGCAAAGUGGUGAGGGUGAGGGAACUCCGAUUCCGCCGAACACGCAGGAGGCCCCGAUGCCUCAGCAAAACCGUCAAGACCAAUUGGUCAUCAACCAGUUUGCGAAGAAGAUGAUGGAUACAGCCAAGCCCGAAGUCCGAGAGAAGUUUCAGAGUGAUGUCCAUAGUUGGCCCGAACAGAUAAAGCUACAACUCCUGCAACAAGGCAUCCACCCUCUCUUCUUUCGCUUUCGUCAGCAUGCCGAAAUGCUCUACAGAAGAGGGGCCCUUAACAAACCGGCAGCAGUGAACACGGGUGCCCAGAUUGGCACGUCGCAUCAGUCCGCCUCAAAAGACCUCUCAGGCGAACGCUUGGAUUCUGAUGCCAUAGCAGGACUACAAGUAGAAGCGAUAUCACCCGACGCAGGUGUAUCAUACGGUCAAGCCCAAGCAAAUGUAGAGGCCGACAUGCCUUAUGUCCAGGACUACGAAAGAGCCCCAUCAGAGACGUAUACAAAUACAACUAUCGGGCACGCAAACCCAUUGGCUCAGUCCAAGAAUAACCUUGAGGGCCCGCUACGGUCACCUUACUGGCGAGGCAGCCCGUACAUACCCGUGCAAGACAGCUUUGAGGAAGACCAGCGUGCUCCUCUUUUCAGCAUUUCAGCGAAUGACCAUCCCGACGGUAAUAAUGCUGUUCCGGACUAUUGGAACGACGGUGUUCCGAACUCUUGGGACGACCCUUUGAUUCUGGGCAACAAUGACUUCGACAGCUUUUUAAAAGAACGCAGCAACGCCGGCGAUGAUCGUGCUGGCGUUCUUGAUAGCGAGCUCAAUUAUGUAGAUAGCCCCGCCGCGUCGGAAUCGAGGCCUAUAGCUUACGGCGAUAUGGACCCGCAACAGCAACAAAGAGCAUUCAAACUCCUAAUGGAAGACCAAGCCAAAACGAAGUUGAUGAGGCAGGCUCGACGGAUUGCACAACCACAACAGACGGCACAGCCGCCAAACACGAAUCUCGUUCAGCAGAUGCAGCAACAGCAGAAGGCACCUUACGAGCAGCAACAGGAAAAUGAACGGAGUGAAGACAUAGAACGAACAAAAGAGCAGCAAAGGAUGCCUCAUGGAACACAACAGAUGGAGCAACGGCAGAGAAUGCAGCAGCGCGUUGAUAAAGCCGUGGCGGCGAUGCCGUCGCCGUCGUCGGUGAAACCAAGAGCAGAGGGCAAGACUCCCGCCAAGUCAGCACUGACGCAGGCCCAAAAGCUACAAGAGUACCACAAACAACUGGCCCGACUUGAGGAGGUGAACCGUGCAAGGAUGAGCUUAGGGAACGAGCACCGGAACGAGCACCAGAUCGAGCACCGGAACGAGCAAGAGCGACUAAGGAAGCAACAGCAACCUAGAGAGCAGUCACUACCGUCAGAAGUAAGGACCCCAACUCUUACGGACAGCGGUAGUACUAGUAGUAGCAAGCCGUACAUUGAUUUCCUCGAAAAAGCCAAGCAGGACUUUAGGACGAGCAACGCACACCUCUCAGGGGAAGAGCUAAACCGCGCCUGGUUCCAGGCUGCCACUGGGCAGCUGCAACCACAGGCGCCGCAACACUCCCAGAACGGCUGUGAAGAUACUCAAAGUCUCUCACUUUUACUACAUCCUGCACAAGGGCAGCAGAAGCCCCCUACCAGCUCCGUAGGAGAGCUGCGGGAUAUACCCCUACAGCCUGGUUCAGAAGACCGUUGGAUGGAUAGCGACUACCGGUCGCCAUCUCCAGAGACACUUGCACAGCCGCGUGAACCGUCUAAUGACAACGAUGAUUGGGCGGCUGCGGUCCAAGCCAUCAGAGACGGUACAGCUCCAACGCAAGAGUCGGCUCUACCUGCGCCUGAUGGAACACGCCGUUCCGCGACUGACACUGGGGGUAUCGCGCCCGAUAUGUUCACUUUCGGGUCGCCUAGUCCCGAGCGAAUGUUGCCUACGCCCCAUUUUCCAGGCUCCUCUCCUGCACUAUGGACGGGAAAGCUUCCGUCUGUCGAUGAAGAACUUUAUUCCAACCACUCGUCACCAAGUUCUACACAUGCAAACCCAGAUCAUGAUAUCAACUCGAAAGAUUCGCCCAGACAAGCUUUGCGUGCACAAGGACCUAAUUACCGGUGA